CUCUCUGACGCUUCAACGACUUCUUCAGUCUUUCUCCACUCACCACGAUAGAACCACUCUCGGCUCCCCUCUUGUCUUUCUUCUUCUACUUCUUCUCCUUCUUCAACUUCUCUCAGCUCUUGUAUCGAACACUCGGUGGAUCUGAUCGUGCUCUGUAUAAAAAACUUUCAUCUUUCAUUGUUUCUCUCGUCUUGUACUUCACUCUCCACCACCUCCUCCGGUGCUUCCAUGGAGAACGCAGACGUUUUUGGCUCGUCAACGGCGCCGCUCACCUGGCAUGAUUUCCUGGAGCGGAUGCGACAGCCUUCAGCAGCCGAUUUUGUCAAAUCAAUCAAGAGCUUUAUUGUGUCAUUUUCAAACAAUCCACCUGAUCCAGACAAGGAUAGUGUUGCUGUACAGGAGUUCCUUUUCAACAUGGAAGGGGCUUUCAGGGCUCAUUCACUUUGGGCUGGUUGCUCAGAGGAGGAGCUGGAGAGUGCUGGUGAAGGACUGGAAAAAUAUGUUAUGACAAAAUUAUUUACCCGUGUAUUUGCCUCACUUCCAGAAGAUGUAAAAUGCGAUGAGCAACUUUCUGAGAAGAUGGCUUUAAUACAACAGUUCAUUCGGCCAGAAAAUUUGGAUAUCAAGCCGACUUUCCAAAAUGAAACAUCGUGGCUGCUUGCGCAGAAAGAACUCCAAAAGAUUAAUAUGUACAAGGCUCCAAGGGACAAACUUGUUUGUAUUCUCAAUUGCUGUAAGGUCAUCACCAAUUUGUUGCUAAAUGCUUCUAUUGCUUCAAAUGAGAAUCCUCCUGGUGCUGAUGAAUUCCUUCCAGUACUUAUUUAUGUUACUAUAAAGGCAAAUCCUCCACAAUUGCAUUCAAAUUUGCUGUAUAUACAAAGAUACAGGCGUCAAUCACGCUUAGUCUCAGAAGCAGCCUACUUUUUUACAAACAUGCUCUCUGCAGAGUCAUUUAUCUCAAACAUCGACGCAAAAUCGAUUUCUAUGGACGAAGCUGAGUUUGAAAAGAACAUGGAAACUGCACAAGCACUUCUCUCAGGCCUUUCAACUGAUUUAGAAGGACUAUCAAAUCAAAGUAAUAGAGAUGGGGGGCAUGUCCUGAGAAUGGAAUCCAUAGAGCCCAAACCACAGACUUUGAAUUCUAGGAAGGAAAGAAACAGUUCCCUUCCUGCGUUGAGACAUCAUCUUUCACCUCGACUAUCUGAACGCAAGUUUGAGAAUAAGGAAGAAAUGGAUGUAAAAGAUCAGUUAUUGGUAACAAAAAAGUUAUCAAUCCCAGAUUUGGAGAAGAAAGGUGCUACUGAUCUUUUGAAGGAGGAUCAUUUGAGCAGAGCAUUUAGCGAAUACCGAUACUUGUAUGCACAGGUUGGGGAUCUAACAAUCAAUGAUGUAGAGGACCUGCUCAAUAGUUACAAACAACUUGUUUUCAAGUAUGUUUCUCUUUCGAAAGGGCUGGGCGUGGCUACCUCAACUUCGACAGAAUCUAUUUCCCAAACUCAAGCACUUACCCAUGCUGAGACUAAAGAAGACACGAGAGAAAUCGAAGAGGAGAACAAUAGAAAGAAUGAGGUUUUAAAUGGAAGCUUACUUAUAGGAAUGGACAAGUCUGUAUCUGACCUGCCACUAGAUGAAACAGUGACAAAUCAAGGAAUGGAUGAACCUAACUCAGACCUACCACAGAAUGAAAUAGUCACAAAUCAAGGAAUAGAUGAAAAACCUAAAUCAGAUGAAACAGUCACAAAUCAAGGUGGAGAAAAUGAUGGCAGUUCCCAACAAUGACUCAGAUAGGAGGUGUGUGGUGUCAUCAGUUUCCACUGCAAUGGAUUUGAUUACCGUCCAAACCAAUUGUCUUGGCUCUACCUGCGAAAUGAAUGGCAAGCUGUUACCACUCGGUACUCCACCUCAGACUGUAACGGCCAAUUGCAAUGAUAUUUUGGUUUCUUUUUUUUUUUUCAUCAGUUUAUUUUAGAAGGGGGGUGGGGGAGGGAGAAAAUUUGAUGUCCCCUGGAAAUUUACUGGAUGGGCCUUGUCAGGAAGAUGUAUGAAAAAUGAGAAAUUUAUUGCCAUUCAUGUGUGAUUCUAGUCCUUUGCCUAGCCUGCAAAUUCCUCUUUGUUGCUUCUUGAAGUGGGUAUAUCCUUUUCCAGGAUUUUCACUCCCCCCACCCACUCCCCCUCUCUUCUGUCGUCGUUCAUAUCUUCUUGUCCUUGCUUAUUCCUUGGCUUUAUUCAUUAGCUGUCUUUCUGAAAGGUGAUGAUAAAGAUAUGUUUGGUUGUAAAAGUUCUGUAUCAUUCUUACAAGUGAGGAGAAUAGUGAAGUUAGAUACUCUAGAAUUUCAUGUGCAAAGGCAUUUUUGUUUCCAACUAAUGGUGAAUAAUACAUGCCAUUUUAUACGA